AUGGCACAGUCUUGUGUACCCUGCUAUAAACUUCCACAUGCGCACAUUGAGAGACAGGAGUAUGUCGACAUUGUUGGUGGUUAUAAAAUUGAUUUGAAACAACAGAUUCAACAGAAAAGCAACUCACAUGAGCGAUGGCCAAUAAAACGCUAUCAAUUUGAUAAACAUCUUACAAAUGUACAACUGAGAGAAGAUAGAUUUUCACCUCCGGUAACAAUUUCUACUCCAGCAACAAUAGCGACAACGUGCUCCGACAAAGAGAUACUAGGAGCAGAUGAUUCACUGAAAUAUUGGCUGAACGAAGGUUCGCUUGAUGAUAUUUAUCGAGACCUUGAAAAUGCUGAUAAUAAGAAAACAAUUAAUGGCCUAAUCCAAGAGGCUUCGAAUGGAAUAAUUGAAGAAGGAAUUUUAAUUGGAGAAGCAGAAAAGGCGCGAUGGUUAGCACGACAAUUAAAUAACGUGAACAAUUAUGGUGAAAAUAUACAAUUUGGUACCAAUAAAGUUCCAUCGGAAAUUGAUGGAAAUGCAUACUUUUCAAAGCUUGAUCUACGAUCGGAUUACUUUCAAAUAUCAAUUAAUGAAAAUGAUAAACCCAAGACAGCUUUUAUAAAAACAGCUGGUCUUUGGAAAUUUAAUGUUUUACCAAUGGGUUUAACAAAUGCUCCUCCAAGCUUUCAAAGAAUUAUUAAAACUUUUGAAGACCAUUUGAAACAUCUUGAUGAAAUUCUUAAUGUACUGAACAAUCAUCGAUUUCAACUAAAUCCUAUUAAAUGUUCAAUAACAAAAAAGAAUAUUGAUUAUUUGGGACAUUCAAUUGAUGAAUAUGGAAUUACUCCACUGCAUGAUAAUAUAAAAAUUAUUCGUGAAUUACAAUUAUCUGAUUAUCCCACAUUAAAGCAAGCAAAUGAAUUUAUCGGUGGAAUAGGUUUUUACAGAAAGUUUAUUAGGAAUUUCUCAAAGAUAGCUGGUCCAAUACAUCGCGUCACAAAUUUAACCAAGAACAAAAGAAAUAAAUUUAUAUGGGGCGAUGAAAAACGACAAGCAGUUCAACAACUGAAGAUGAUUAUUACUGACCCUGAAUUAGUAUUAGAAUUUCCAGAUUCAGAUUCUGAUUUACCAUUUACAUUGUCUACUGAUGCUUCACAGCUUGGUCUUGGGGCUGUCCUUAAACAAAUGGCUCGAGAUGGAAAGAAAGAUUUUACAGUGGAAACUGACUAUUGUCCUCUAUGUCAAUUUCACAAAAAGAACUCAGGUAACGAACGUCUUGACCGAUGGUCAAUUGAUAUUUUAUCCGAAUAUAAUAUUACGGAAAUUAAAUAUAAGAAAGGAAAAUGCCACUGUGAUGCUGAUUUACUGUCGCGUUAUCCACUACACACGGAUGGAAAUUCAUUGAAAAGUAUUAGUCUCAUCCGAAAGCAAGAAGAAGGUUAUUUAUUUCCUCAUGCAGAUGAAUUAGAUGAUGGAAUUAUGAUCAAGCAACAACAUCGGACGAACAAACAAAAAAAUACAUCGGAUAAUUCUUCACCAAAGUCGAUGACAACGAAGAUUGAUAGUACUCAAUUAAAGGUAGUUACGAGUGAUAAUCCAACAUCAUCAUCGGCAAACAAGCUAUGUAAAGUUCUUCCAGUAUACAGUGGAUUUAGUAUGACGAAAUUAAAAGAAGAACAAAUAAAAGAUGUGGAUAUUCAAAAAAAAAUAACAACUUUAGUUAUUAAUGAUGCUUAUGAAAUAAUUGAUGGUGUCAUAUAUAAAUUAGUUUUACAUAAAUCAAGUAAUGCUUCUUUAUCACGACCAUCAUACAGAUGCACAUCUCGGAAACCUGGAAAAAUGAAUAUUAUUCCAACACCAAAUGAAGUAAUGGGUUUAGUAGGUAUGGACUACUGGGGUCCAACUAAUUAUCCUACAGCACGAUGUAAUCGAUAUGUCAUCACGUUGACGGAUUACCAAUCGAAAUUUGCAUUUGCGAGAGCAGUUAAAACCAAUUCAGCUCAAGAAGCAACUGAUUUCUUUCUAGAUGUGUGUUAUCAUUAUGGUCCGCCAUCAAAAUUAAUUACUGAUCAAGGGUCUCAUUUUGUUGCUGAAUUAACACGAACAAUAAUUGAAUAA